AAUUCUACCUCUGUACUAGAAAUAUCUUUUCUUGUGCCAAAAUGACUUACGACAUCACUUCAUGAAGAUGUUUGUUAUAUAAAACAACAACGAUCACCGCAUUAUACAACAAACAAGUGUUAUAAGUUUCCUACCUUGUGUGUUGUUGUCCACCAUGGCCAGCCAAGUUAUACCUGGAAAAGUUGAAGGAGACAAAUACAGAUCUUUCUUAGAUGAUGAGGCUCAUACCACACAGUGGAGACAUGGUGGACCACCCAUAUAUGAUGUUGUCAACAAGCUUUUUGAACAAGGACGAACCAAGGUGUGGCCAGAAGGAUCAUUGGAGGAAACAGUCCAAAACGCCAUAAAAUCAUGGGAGAUGGAGCUUUCACACAAAACCCGCGUGCAGGAUUUUAAGACUAUAAAUCCUGAAAAGUUUAAGCUCUUUGUUAAUGGGACGGAGGGAUUAACAGCAGAAGAAACACUAAGGUUGGGAAGUUAUAAUGCUUUGAUGAAAAACUCAUUGCCAGAAGAAUACAAGUAUUACAAAGCUGAAGAAGAGACAUUUGAAUCAUCUCAUGAAGCAUUUAGAUCAGCAUUUCCAAGGGGAUUUGCAUGGGAAGUCAUCAAAGUUUACGGUGGACCCCCUGAGAUUGCUUACAAGUUUAGGCAUUGGGGAUUUUUUGAAGGUCCUUAUAAGGGACAUGCACCCACUGGAAACAUGGUUGAAUUCUAUGGCUUUGGAACUCUUAAGGUUGACAAUUUAAUGAAAGCAGAAGAGGUGGAGAUUUACUAUGACCCUGCAGAGCUGAUGGGAGAUCUUCUAGCUGGAAAGCAAACAGCUGAGGAUAACACUAAAACUUCUCAAGGAUGUCCUUUUCAAAAAUAAUAGUACUAUCAAUGAUUGUCCUUAAUAAUAUAAUGCAAGGGUGGAACUGAAAUAAAAGAAAAUGUAUAUUACAAUAAGUGCAAUCUAUGUAAUCUUUAAAUAAAGUAUACUAAUGUGGUACCAAUCUCUUCUUACCUACA